UUUUGUUAUAGUUACUCGUUUGAACUAGUGGUUUCUUCUUGUCCGCCAUUAUUUUCUCCCAUCGCCGGUCUUGUGUGUGUGAGGAUUUGGGCCAUAUUUUCUGAUUGCUUUAGCCAGAAAUAAUUCGACAUGUUGUCCAGGAUUGCAUUAAAGCCAGUUCGCUCGGCCAUUCAGCCAAUUCGUUUGACCCAAACCUCGGCCGCAACGAACGCAGCAUCAGCUGCUGUAGCAGAAAGCCCAGAAAGGGAUUUGGUCAACUUUCCUAGGCCAGUUCGCCAAGAGCUUCCUGGUAAAGUUCGAUUGGGCUUCAUCCCUGAAGAAUGGUUCCAGUUUUUCUAUUCCAAGACUGGAGUCACUGGCCCCUACACUUUCGGUCUGGGCUUGACCACCUACCUCCUCAGCAAGGAAAUCUACAUCAUGGAGCACGAGUUCUACACUGGUCUGUCCAUUGCCAUCAUGGGUAUCUAUGCCGUCAAGAAAAUGGGCCCUGCUGCUGCCAUGUUUCUUGAUAAAGAAGUCGCUAAAAGCGAUGCUGAGAUGAAUUCCGGCAGGGAUUCGGUCAUUGAACAAUGCAAGAAUAGAAUCGUUGUUGAGAAAAUCGAACAGGAUCGUGCCCUAGCCCAAAAGAUGCUUUUUGAUGCCAAGAGAGAGAAUGUCGCAUUGCAAUUGGAAGCAGCCUAUCGCGAACAGCUCAUUAAAGUCUUCGCCGAGACAAAGAAGCGAUUGGACUACCAGGUGGAAGUUCAGAACGUCCAACGGAAUUUGGAGCAACGCCAUAUCGUCGAUUGGGUAUUGCGUAGCGUUCGUGCUGCAGUUACUCCCGAACAAGAGAAGGCCACCCUUAGCCAGUGCAUCGCCAAUAUCAAGUCCUUAGCUCAGCAGAACACUGCUAGGAUUUGAAUGACCUAUCUGUUCUUAUAUAGUGUCUAGAUGAAACUCUUUAAAAAAAUAAAAUGGAAAGCUUACCGGCAGAAAUCAGUGGGAUUGGGCCAAAUGUGUAUACAACUGUAGAAAAAAAGGUCUGGUUGGCAAUACAGUGAUUUCAUUCCGCCAGGA